AGAGCGCCCAGCGGCACCGUGGAAGCAGCGCGCGGAGGAGGGGCAUGGAGCCGCCGCAGGCCUGCUGAACACCGGAGCGCGGGCAGCCGGCGGCACGAUGCCGGUGCAGCUGACUACAGCUCUGCGAGUGGUGGGCACCAGUCUGUUUGCCCUGGUAGUGCUAGGGGGCAUUCUGGCAGCCUAUGUGACAGGCUACCAGUUUAUCCACACAGAAAAGCACUACCUGUCCUUUGGCCUCUACGGUGCCAUCCUGGGUCUACACCUGCUUAUCCAGAGCCUGUUUGCCUUCCUGGAGCACCGUCGAAUGCGCAGGGCAGGGCGCCCCCUGAAACUGCACUGCUCUCAGAGGCCGCGUUCAGUGGCACUCUGCAUUGCUGCCUACCAAGAGGACCCUGAGUACUUGCGCAAGUGCCUUCGCUCAGCUCAGCGUAUCGCUUUUCCAAACCUCAAGGUGGUCAUGGUAGUGGACGGCAAUCGCCAGGAAGAUGCCUACAUGCUGGACAUCUUCCAUGAGGUGUUGGGUGGCACAGAUCAAGCUGGUUUCUUUGUGUGGCGUAGCAAUUUCCAUGAGGCAGGUGAAGGAGAGACAGAGGCCAGCCUGCAGGAAGGCAUGGAGCGUGUGCGAGCUGUGGUGUGGGCCAGCACCUUCUCAUGCAUCAUGCAGAAGUGGGGGGGCAAGCGUGAGGUCAUGUAUACAGCCUUCAAGGCCCUUGGCAACUCAGUGGACUACAUCCAGGUGUGUGACUCUGACACCGUGCUGGACCCAGCCUGCACCAUCGAGAUGCUUCGAGUCUUGGAAGAAGAUCCCCAAGUAGGAGGUGUUGGAGGAGAUGUCCAAAUCCUCAACAAAUAUGAUUCAUGGAUCUCCUUCCUGAGCAGUGUGAGGUACUGGAUGGCCUUCAACGUGGAGCGGGCCUGCCAGUCCUACUUUGGCUGUGUGCAAUGCAUUAGUGGGCCUUUGGGCAUGUACCGCAACAGCCUCCUUCAGCAGUUCCUGGAGGACUGGUAUCAUCAGAAGUUCCUAGGCAGCAAGUGCAGCUUUGGGGAUGAUCGGCACCUUACCAACCGAGUCCUGAGUCUUGGCUACCGGACUAAGUAUACAGCACGAUCUAAGUGCCUCACAGAAACCCCCACUAAGUACCUUCGAUGGCUCAAUCAGCAGACUCGCUGGAGCAAGUCUUACUUCCGGGAAUGGCUGUACAAUUCUCUGUGGUUCCAUAAGCACCACCUCUGGAUGACCUAUGAGUCAGUGGUCACAGGCUUUUUCCCAUUCUUCCUCAUUGCCACAGUCAUACAACUUUUCUACCGUGGCCGCAUCUGGAACAUUCUCCUCUUCCUGCUAACGGUGCAGUUGGUGGGCAUUAUCAAGGCUACCUAUGCCUGCUUCCUUCGAGGCAAUGCAGAGAUGAUCUUCAUGUCCCUCUACUCCCUUCUCUAUAUGUCCAGCCUCCUGCCAGCCAAGAUCUUUGCUAUUGCUACCAUCAACAAGUCUGGCUGGGGUACUUCUGGCAGGAAAACCGUUGUAGUGAACUUCAUUGGCUUAAUCCCUGUGUCUAUCUGGGUAGCAGUUCUUCUAGGGGGUUUAGCCUAUACAGCUUAUUGUCAGGACCUGUUCAGUGAGACUGAGCUAGCCUUCCUAGUCUCUGGGGCCAUCCUGUAUGGCUGCUACUGGGUGGCCCUCCUCAUGCUGUAUCUGGCCAUUAUUGCCCGGAGGUGUGGGAAGAAGCCAGAACAGUAUAGCCUGGCUUUUGCUGAGGUGUGAUAUAACCUCCAAUAAAGUGGGAAACGUGCAAUGGGUAAGGGAGGGAAGGGGAAUGGAAGAGAUGGGGUGGGAGGGAGGAGGGCGUGUUGUGCUCUAGUUUCAUGGCUGAAAGGACUAAUCUGAAAUGCAAAGAAUAGUGACUGUGGUGUGGCCUGGGUAGCUCUGCUCAGCAGAAGCAUGGCACUGAUUCUUUAGGCUCAGGGCAGAUGGACUUGUAUGUUUGUAGGCUGCUUGACUGCUUGCCCUUGCACAGGUAGUUAGCUCUGAGAAAAGAUUUUACUUCUUUCUGGAAACUAUAGAGAACCCAGAAGUGUGCUAAACUAAGUGCUAAAUUCAAUCCUGUGUCAACUUCUGGUACAGAAAGCAAGCAAUGACAGCUCAUACAAAGUGUCCUCCGAGCCCAUCUGAACAAGGUGAGGUAUACAAAAAGUUCCUGUCAAAUCUGGCCAACUAGUGUCCCAUUUCCCUAACCUCCAAUUAGCCAUCAAUGCAUUAAGAUUGUGCCUGAGAGAACAAGGCUGGGAAGCCUGACCUUUGGUCAAAAAAACAGGGUCUAAGUAAUGGUGCUUUAUGUAAUUAAUAUAUUCCACUCCAUAUCAAAACAUCCCAGGGAUGAGCCAAGUCACCAGGAGUAAGUACUGAGUUUGCUGGGGGUGGGGUGGGGGCGGGGUUGUUUUGUUUUGGUGCACAUUACAAAGGAAAAGUUUGGCCAGUCAUUGUGGUGCACAUUUGUAAUCAAGCACUUAGAAGAAAUAGAUCAGAGGUUCAAGGUUAGGCUAGACUACAUGAGAUCCUGUCUCAUAUAAAAAUAGUUUGAUGGGAGGAUCAAGGAUUGUCAUGGUGCUAAAACCGUGGAUGCCUUGGACUGAAUGUGUUCCAACUGAAAACUGCUUGGUAUUUUAUGAAAUUCCCAAAAUUGUCAAGAGAACUUGCUAGGCAGAUCAAAUGUUUUAGCCAUCUACCAGGAAGACUCAACCCCUAUGGAUUCAGAGAAGAACCCUUUAGUUAUGUUGGCUCAUUCAUACCUGAAUGCCUCUCAGAUUCAGCUUGCAUCUGAGGCUAAACAUCCUGCUCGCUAUGGCAUUUUCUUCAAAGCCAUGUCAUUCUUAGUUGUUUUCUAGUGCGGGAGAGCAGCAGUUGCCUCUUCAUUUUCAUGGGUAAAUUCCUUCACACGGUAGAGAAUAGACUCUUAAAAGACUCACAAGGCUGUUCUCUACGUGCAUGGACAUAACAACAGCCUCUGACCAUACUGUCUGUCAUCUUAGGACUGGUCAGUCAGUACCUUGGCAGCUGGUUAGUAUGUGUGACUUUCUCGACAAUCAUCCCCAAUGGAAAGCUUUCUGGAGUUGCCCAAAAGAACCCUCAAAUCCAAGUUGAUCAUCUUGAAGAGCAUCCAUUCGCAAUGGCUUCUCCAAGGAAGUCUACAGCUAGGUAGUGGGUGCUCCUCCAUUUGCUGCUUCAGUCCAGAAACCAAACUAGGAGCUGGAACUGGUCCAACAGUUUUCAGUCCUCUUGCACCCCUCAUGGCUGCUUGAUUUUCCUGUUUCUUUUGAGGAAUGAUGAGAAGCUUUUAUACCAUUUUGAAGUCAAGACCAGACUCUACUUUGGAUUUGAAACCUGGGAUCAUGACUAAUAAGCCUUUGACUUUAAGGGUUGCUUAUAAUUUUUUCCAAACAUUUGUUUUCAGAGGGGCCAGCUAACCCCUCAGAACCAACAGCGUUGGAGAGAAGUGUACACAGGUGCUUCCUACAAAGGAAUGAAGUGCACUCCAAACCACGGAUGGGCAAUCCCUUGUAUUUCCCUUCCUCUUAUGAACAAAAGGGUUUUUCCAGGUGUAGCUAACAGUUGCCAUAGCACACAAACCUCAAGUUUCUAGUAAAACUGCUGGCUGAUGUGAAGCCCAACUCACAGUGGUUGGGAAGCAGCAGCCAUUCGUCAAAGGCAGUUGUUCUGGGUCCUUCUAUUAAGAAGUGAACUAUUUGAGCACUACAAUGGAGAUGAUCAGCUAAUUCCAGGGCUCAGACUAAGGGCUUGUUUUUCUUCAGCUUUUACUUGAAGGUUACAAGACAAUGGAGUCUGGAUAGAACUGGCCAUCUACCAUCAGCUCUGCUGCCUUGCACUGUGGUCAACUCUCCUCAGAUUAAAGAUGCAGGUACAGUAGUGAGCUUACAACAUUUGACCUCGACUGGAUUUCCUAAUUUAUUUUGUAAGUUUUCAGCAGCAACACUAAACUGGGUCUACAGCUGUAUCCCUGUUUCUUGCAAGGGAAGAGCUUUAUACAAUUAGACUCAUUUUGGUUUUUCCUCAUGGACAAUUUCAGUCUCUUUUGUAUUAUUUCUACAAUAAUUUGUAAAUAUUUAUUUUUACCUGCUUUUUUAUUAAAUAAGGAGGGAAUUUU